AUGAAAUUACAGCUAGAAGAUGCUCAAAGGACAUAUAAUGAAACGGAUACUAAUAUUCCUCGAAAAACUACAGUAAUGAACGAUGUUUUUGUUCUAAGUCAAUUGGAUGAACUUCAGGAAGCUAUGAGUAUGUUUGAAAAUGGUGCUGAAACAUUGAAUGAAGAUGUACAAUGUCUGAAUACUGAAUUACUUGAACAUCAAAAUAAACUACAACAUCUAAAAGAAAAUGCUUCAAACGUGAAAUUAGCUGUUGAAGAGGAACACAUGUCUUACGAAGCAAUGAUGCGAAACCUAGAAGUCUUAAGUCAAGAGUUGAUGUCAUUGAAAGAUAAGAUUGAUGAAAUGCAAUACGUGUCUUACGAUGGGACAUUUCUAUGGAAAAUUACAAAUUUUCAAGAGAAAAUGAAUGAUGCUCUAUCGGAACGACAACCAUCGAUUUAUUCAACUCCAUUUUAUUCAUCACGAACUGGAUACAAAAUGCAAGCUCGACUUUAUUUGAAUGGUGAGGGUAACGCUCGGCGUACACAUAUGUCAUUGUUUUUUGUUUUGAUGCGUGGUCUAAAUGAUGCAAUAUUAAAAUUUCCCUUCAAUUAUAAGGUUAUAUUUUGUUUGUAUGAUCAAACCUCUCAACAGAGACAUAUUAUUGACUCUUUUCGACCAGAUAUUCGAUCGAGUAGUUUCCAGAGAUCACGCUCAGAAAUGAAUAUUGCUAGUGGUAUACCUAAAUUCUUUUCAUUAACAAUAAUUCAACGAGAGGAUAAUCUAUAUGUAAGAGAUGGUACAAUUUUUAUUAAAAUAAUGGUUGACUUUGGCGAUAUGCCGAAAACAUUGUUACGAUUUGCACUGACGUCAGUCACUUCUGUUCUUGAACCAACAUUUCUAAAAAGAUAA